CUCUCCUCCAUCCGCAUCGCUUUUUCUCUCGGUGGCCGUGAAGAAAGCAAGCAUGAAAUCUUGCCAGUGUUAUGGUGGUCGCAGUCUUCGAGCAGCCCGUAGGCACCCGAUGUAGCUCGGCUUUCCAGCCCGAUGGCCCGGUGGACGGCUCCAUGCGGGCCCGAGGUGGCGACCCUACUCCUCCUGCUCCUGAACCGAGCGCGGGCCGACUUCUCGUACGCGCACGACGCCGAGGAGUACUACACCGCGAUCGUGAACAUCACCUACGUGAGCCCGGCCACGGGCCUGGUGGUGUCCGAACGCGAAGAACUGGGCAAGUACAGCGCGGGCAAGGUGGGCUCCGUCAGCGGGGUCGUGGUUCACGUGACGAGCAAUAACUGGACGGCGCACGACGCCUGCUCGCCGCUGGACACGGCCAACAUACCGCAGGAGCCCUGGAUAGCCCUAAUACAGCACGGCAACUGCGUCGAAUCGGUCAAGAUGCGACACGCGGUCAAUACCAACGCCUCGGGAGCCGUCGUGUACAACAACAAUCCGGGCAAUAGACUCGUCAAGAUGCGUCACAAAGUGUUCCAGAUCAUCUCGGUAUUCAUCAGCCGGGAGAAGGGGGAGCAGAUAGCGGGCCUGGUGGACAACGGCACCCGGGUAGUGAUGCACGUGUCGGUGGGCAGCCACCGGCCUUUCCCCUACCCCAACAUCAACCGGACCUCGGUGCUGUUUGUCUCCAUCUCCUUUAUCAUCCUAAUGAUCAUCUCCCUGGCCUGGCUCGUCUUCUACUACGUCCAGAGGUUUCGCUACAUUCACGCCAAGGACCUCCUCGCAAGAAGACUGUGCAGUGCUGCCAAGAAGGCGCUGGACAGGAUUCCAGUGAAGAUCCUCAGGUUGGGCGACAAGGAGGCAGAGGGUGAGGUCGAGUGCUGCGCAGUCUGCAUCGAGCCCUUCAGGCUUGGAGAGGUGGUCCGUCUCCUGCCGUGCAAGCACACGUUCCACAAGUCGUGCGUGGACCCGUGGCUCCUGGAGCAGCGUUCCUGCCCCAUGUGCAAGAUGGACAUACUCAAGCAUUACGGCCUGGUGGUGAGCUGCUAUUACACGGGGAGCCAGGAGAGCGUGCUACACAUGGAGGAGGUGCUACAGCCUCACCGGCCGCUCCCGCUGCACGGCGAAGCCGAGGCCGAGGUGGCACCCCUGCACCGCCCGUUCGGCGCUUCCCCGCCGCGCACUGCCGCGCUGCUCUCACGCGACGUGCAGCGGGCGGCUGCCGAACCCCCCUCCUGGGACGACUCGGACGCUGAGACCGCGUCGACCCAGCAGGAGCAGCCGCUCGUCCCGAGACUGGGACAGCAGCAGACGUGCCAGGAGCAGACGCCCUGAGCGUCCCUCCGUCCCAGAGCGAGAGGCAAUGUGCCCCAAGUCGGCGUGCGGACUGCAACUCAAUGCACACGAGCAAAGUGCUCCGCUCGCUGUGAGAACGAUCCGUCGGUGGCGCUGGAACGAUCCAUUGGUGGUGCAGAAACGAUUUGCUGGAAUGAGUCGCCGUUUUUAGCGGCGGCUGGUACGCGUAGGUAAGGUUGAGCGGACAGCGGCUGUAUUGUGGGCGAUGUGAGAGCGGAAUGUUGUGGCGAGUCAGUGUUGGAGGUGUCCGCCGUGGUACCCGGGUAACUACCAUAAAGCAACUCCGUUGCUUUAUGGCUUAGUGUGCUACUCCAACUACUGCACCAAGGUCACAGUUACGGCUAGAGGGAGUUGGCCACUUGUGUUUCAGAGUUCAUUUGUCACCAGCAUAGGCUGAACAGAUCGGUGAGACUAAACACCGUUUCGCCGCUUUCUGUAAAACCGGUAAAAGAUGAACUUGUGCCACUUUUAAUUACGGUAGUCUCAUUGAAAAGUGAUGCGACUAACUAGAGCCAAAUUCAGACCUUGACGAGGCCAUGAAGCAGACAAGCCUCGCCGAAACAUGCCUCACCGAGCUGUUCCGCCCACGCUGCGACGAAGACGCUGCACGCGCUCCGCUUCACUUUACGACAAACCAGAGGAUGCCACAUGCCAUCGAAGCCGUUCCAAUGCCAUGGAAGCGUUACAUGAACUUCAAACGUGACCUUCAGGAAGGACGCUGCAACGAGCGGGAUGUGCGGUUACUCGACAACAAUCAUAGGACCGGAUUGGCCGAAAUGUCUCGUAGCGUCCCCUGCAGUCCAUCGCAAGGCGAAACGGAGCAUAGUUUGGAGUGGCAAGUAAGCUCCUCCCUACGUCGUCGAAUGGACGGAGCAUCACUGCGCUGGCAGCAGUUGGGAGACGUCUGGGAACGAAAGCGGACUGUUGGGACAGGGCGGGUUCGGACGGGUUACGUUGGCCGUCGUCCGGAACGGCACGCGGUAGCUUCAAGUUGCAGUCGGGCGCGGCGUCGUUUGAUAUGGAUCUGUGUAGUGUGCAAGUCACUUCCCCUCCCAUCGUAGAUUCUACGUAGGUAUAAAUCCUGCCGAGAGCCUGUGUGUUCCUAGAAACCAGUUAGACUGCCGCCAUGGUCGCGAGACAGACGGCAAUUGCGUACUCGGACAACCUCAUGUAGCGCGGGCGGAUUGGAUUGGGACGCGGAGUGGCUCGCGGUGUUCUCGUUACGGCCGUGGAUUCUCUGAAAGCCUGGUCACACAAUGUGUCUAGUAAGCGGAAUACCGUGAGCUGCCUUGUACCUUGAUGGCUCUAGGUGACGGAGGCUGGCAAAACUCGAAUGGCAAUCGUCUGGCAGUGAAGUAUAUACCUUGUUAAGUUACCCAAGCACCAGAAAAAAGCAUGCUGCGAGCAUAGUUGCGUGCCCCAAAUGUGCUUUGGUCUGCAGCACUCGCUGCUCUAAAGCAGAAAUGUAAAACAAGUGGCACGUCGCGCGUGCUUUCGUUGAAGCUUUGUUUUCAUUAUUUACGAGCGCUGCGUUCGUCUGCAUUCCCAGCAUUGUCCUUGAUGCUCGGGUAAUUUAGCAGAAAAUCUGUUGAAACUCAAAACCGCGAUCAUUUGUUUUUCCUCAUCGUUCGGGUGGCUUGACAUAGUUUCUCCCCCUCAUCUUAUUUUGUGCUGCCCCAGACUGUGUGCAGUGCUGUGGUCUUUGACUGGGACGUAACAGCACCUUAGCAUAUGUGGUACUCAAUGGACUGGCUUUUUUGGGGGGCGAGACACAAAAAGGAGCGAGAGUCGAUUUGGUCGUUCAAGUUUUUUUUUGUGGACGUCUUCUCGACGGAGCCCGUUGGAUCAUAAAAUGUCCGGUCUGGUGCUUCCGUGCUCUAGAAGUGUCUAUGCCGACGAAACAAGUCGUAGGACUUCCACGAUGCUCUGUGAAUCCAUUGCUAUGCCAUAAUUGCCAGACUCUGUUCGCCUUCCAGUCAUGCCUAUGUUGGCUGCCCUAAACCCGAAGCAUCAAAGACUGAAUAACUUUGUUCGUCCACCUUUCCUUUCUUCCCACAGAAACGCUCGUUAAGGCCUCUUUAAGCGUGCUGCGUAGCAUUGAGAUGGCAUUAAGUCGGUGCGGCAUCAACGCCAUGCUGCGUCUCGCCGUAACUUGGCAAACGGGGAAAGCUGCGGUCCCGGCGAGCCAAUCGAUGCAUCGGAAGAAGGCACAUGUCCAUACGCUAUCUCGCUAGUUGCACGCAGUGCUGUCAAAGCUACUUUUGUACGAAUUUUGAGCGUGAGGCUAACUUUAUACGGGGAGAAAAGCAAUGUCCCAGACACACAAAAGAGGCUUGGGUGACACUUGUACCUUUGGUAAGGGCCGUCGUGUGCUUUGCCUCCGUCACUCCGACUGGCUCGCAGGGAUCACAGCGUUCACACUUGGGAAGUUACGGUGAAUCAAACAACAGCGUGGAAUCCGACCCGUCGUAGCGGCAUGCAAACGGAAAAGGACCGGGCCUCGCGCAGGGGAGUGCCAACACAAUGUUGAUGUUAAGCCCCAUGCUGCGUCCGUAGCCAAGGAGUUUGAACUGCGCUUUUUGAGCAAAUAGGCCCUUGGUGUUCAAACUCGUAUUACCUGCCUCGUUGCACGAAUUCCCCGAACCGAGAUAAUGCGACGUGCAGGUGGGGGCAGUCCUUGGCUGUCU